AUGGCUUGGUCGACGUUAUUGAACGUUGCAAAUAGUUGUCUGUCGGAGAAUAGUACAAAACUAGAACCCCCUCUGGAUUUUUGCACAACUUGCAAAGCUAGAUUGGCCAGCAGGCCUAAUUACUGUGCUAUUAAAGACGUCAGUGGCCAGUGGGAUAACGCUUUGAAAGGAUGGGAGAUUGUUAUGCACUGGAGAGGGUUGGAAGUUGGAUGGAUGGAUUCAGUUGUGGGGCCGUUUACAGUGGAUGUCGCGGAUCCGGAUUCCCGAAGAUCACGUGGCCCGAACGAGCCCUUCUUCUCUAACUCUCGAGAGAUAACCUGUUUAAGACCACGACUGAAUACUAUGUCAUAG